AUGGCCCUAUUAAUAUCCCCAACCCUCCUCUCCUCCUGUGCUGCUUUCUACCGCCGGCCAAACCCACCCCGGUCUCGACCUCCACCGCCGUCGCUCCUCUUCUUCACCGCACACUUGCACCUCGACGGUGCUGUUAUCGCCUCUGUGCGGUCGCUCCUCUUCUUCACAACAGGAUGGAAAACACAGAAGCAAGUUUCUCUACUUUUGGUAUUUCUGAAGAGGAAGGUGACAAGAUCUCUUCCAACUCUUGUCCUCAACAAAGCCACUGCAAAACUUUCAACCAUUUUUGGUUAUAAUUUGAAGGAGCUUCAACGUUCUCGCCCUUCAUCAAAUAAUCAGGCCCGAUCUUCACAGAGUUCUGUUGACCUAAAAUCAUACAUUAUAACAAGUCAACUAGAUCCUGGAGUCUACAAAAAGCAUGUUGAAGAUACAACAAAAUCAAACUUGACUGGAUUUGCAUUUGUUGUUAUUGGCAUUGUUCAUCUUGCUGGAGGCAAAAUUACUGAAGAAAGUCUUUGGCACCAUUUAGGGCGAUUGGGUAUGUCACAGAAUGAUGAAAGGCACACUGAUUUUGGGAAUAUCAAACAGACAGUGGAAACACUUGUCCAACAAAGAUAUUUGCAGAAGGAUAAAAGUAAUGGCCCCGAAGGGUUAACAUUGUUUUAUGAGCUUGCAGAAAGAGGUUUGGAUGCCACACUUAGCAGUACCUUUAAAGACUCCUUAUCACAGAUUGUCACGAGUGAGGCCACUGCAAUUGGACUUGACUAGUAUCCAAUUUGCUUGAUUUAGUUUAGUGGUGGAAACUCUAACCCUUUUGGUUUUACAAUUUGUAAAAAAUUUAGAAGAAUCUUGAAAUGCUUAUUUGUGCAACAGUGUUUCACCCAAUUAUGAAACCAAAAUUUAACUGGUUAAACAUGUUACAUGUGAUGUAUGUACAAUGUUGUAUGUUUCGUACUAGAAUAGUAGAAUGGGCCAUACAGAUGUGAAUGUGUGAUUUAACUUCAUGAUUGAGUACUAAUUUUUUUGA